AUGACAGUGGACAUGAUGGUUGGCCCGCGCCUGAUUGAGGACCAACCCAGUAUCACACUACACGCAGGAGAAAUAAGGGUACCAGCGGGCAUUGAACUAGCUGACCCACUCUUUUAUCAAAAGCAACCAGUCGAAAUACUACUUGGAUCGCGAAUAUUCUUCCAAAUCAUGGGACCCAGAUCCAUCAAUCUGGGCAGCGGACCAAUCUUCCAAGAGUCCGCAUUCGGGUGGCUUGCUGGCGGACUAACAUCGUUGCAAGUACCGCGACGAGCUACCACGGCGGUUAUAGCAUCUGAGCCUGAAGUAUCAAGCAAGUGGGAUUGCGCAUCGGCCCCAGACCAUAGCUACAAGGAUCAAGGACUAGAUAAUCUGUUCAGAAGUUUUUGGGCGCUUGAGGAGGUAACUUCUGCGGAAGCGAAGCCCUGCCACAGCGCGAAUGCAAGCGAGGAGCAUUUUCAGAAAUACACGACGAUAGGAGCGGAUGGAAAAUAUGUAGUCCGCAUUCCCUUCAAAAAUGAGCCACAGUUACUAGGCCAUUCUUUUGAGCAGGCAAAACGGCGAUUUCUAUCCUUGGAAAAACGCCUUGCCCAUCAUCCGGAAGUUUACAAGCAGUAUAGAGAAUUCCUAGCUGAAUAUCUCGCGAUGAAUCACAUGGAAAUAGUCCACUCCAAGGACAAAUCCAAGGUCAGGUACUACAUACCGCAUUCUUGCGUAAUCAAACCAGAUUCCACUUCAACAAAAUUACGAGUAGUAUUCGACGCCAGCGCAAAAACGUCAAGUAACAUAUCACUCAACGACAUUCAGCACAGUGGUCCUGUCAUACAGCGUGAAUUAUUUGACCUGUUGUUGGAUUUCCGAUGCCACGACAAAGUGGCCACAGCCGACGUUGUGAAAAUGUAUAGGCAAGUAAAUCUUCACGAAGAGGAUUCGUGGUUCCAAUGCAUCCUCUGGCGGAACGAUCCCUCCGAGGAAAUACAAGUAUACCGAUUGAAAACGGUAACGUACGGCGAGGCGGCAUCGUCCUUCUUGGCAUGCCGAGCGCUUCAUGAGGUCGGAGAGGAAAUUCGACCCGAACAACCUGAAAUUGCUGAGGUUAUUCAACAAUGCUUCUACGUGGACAACUUCAUGAUGGGGGGAGAUUCAGCCGAAAAACUGUUGGAAAGGCGGCAGGCAGUGGAAUCAGCCCUGAUGAAGAGAGGUUUUCCUCUACGCAAGUGGGCGUCCAACGACGUCAGCAUCCUCGCUGGAGUAUCUGACGAGGACUUGGAGAAAGAAAUCCGAAUUGGGGACCAUGACAUCAUAAAGACAUUAGGUGUAGCGUGGUCGCCUAAGGCUGACACGUUCCGGUGCAUCGCUAAUGACCCGGUAAAUUCCCAUGAGAAAAUGACCAAACGGCAGCUCGCCUCAGAGAUAUUGAGGCUGUACGACCCACUAGGAAUCAUGCAGCCAAUAAUCAUCACAGCCAAAAUCCUUCUUCAAGGACUUUGGAAAAUUAAGCUAAAGUGGGAUGACGAAAUCCCAGCUGAUUCGCAACAUGAAUGGCAGCAGCUGAAGAAAACAUUACCAAAACUUGCUAGCUUGACAAUUCCGCGCCAGGCGAUUCCUAGCAAUCCCGUGCACCUGGAACUGCAUGGAUUCUCAGAUGCUUCUAACCUGGCUUAUGGUUGCGCGGUCUAUGCAUAUUGCAUAGACGAGAAAAAUCGAAUAUCUAUGAACCUAUUGUGCGCCAAAUCUCGAGUGGCGCCAAUGAAGGAUGUCACCCUUCCACGAAAGGAACUUCUGGGAGCAAAGCUACUAGCAGAGUUAAUGAAAAGGCCGACCGGCUAUGUCGAGGGUGAUGACUUUGAGGCGUCGGAAGCCGCGACCGCGGUGGAUGAUCGGGAGCCAGCGACUCGAGAUCAUCCGGAUGCUGUAAUGGCGGCUCGUUAUGUGGUGUUUAGUGUUACGGACAGUCUUGUCGGUACGCGACGAUACAACCAGCUUUCGUCAGGGCGUCUUGCGGGGGAGUUUUUCGUGGAACACGUGCGACGUGGCCAAAGUGAGGGAUUGACCAACAAUUUGACGUUCCAACAGUAA